AUGGAAAAGGAAACUUGCGUCAUGCUCGAGAUCCUCGAUCCAAGGUGCUACAGAUCUCGACUCUCGAUUUCUGUCAGUUUGCUUUUACAGCUACUGCCGACGGGAAUCUUGUUUUUUAAAUAGUUCUGUCACUUCGAGCUUCUCGUUUGUCGACAUGGUGCCAUUGCUUCUAACUUCCUUGCUGUGCCGCAUAAUCGUUGUCAGAAAAAGUGAGAAUCCACUGCUUGUCACACCGUUCCCAGCCGGUACCUGUUCUUAUUGCUGUCCGAUCGACGUGGAUCGAGAUAUAGAGUACCUGCUUUUCACCAGGAGGAAUCCAACUUGCGGGACAACGUUGAAUAUUUCAGACCCGUAUUCCUUGCGGAAGAGUUAUUUCAACGACAGAUACCCAACAGUAAUUUUCAUUCACGGAUACAGCGAGAGUGCGACGUCAGGAAGUGCCACGGCAAUAAAAGACGUUUAUCUGAAACGAGGCGAGUACAAUCUAAUCCUGGUGAACUGGGCCAAGCUAGCCGGACUGCCAUGGUACGUGACAGCGGUUCGAAACACGAGAACAGUUGGACCUCAGGUCGCGCGUCUGGUGAACUGGCUGGACGCUCAGAGGGCUGUGUCCCUGGCCAACUUGCACGUAAUUGGUUUCAGCUUGGGGGCUGAGAUCGCCGGUUUCAUGGGGAAAGCUCUUGCGCCGCGAAAGAUUGGAAGGAUCACGGGGCUGGAUGCGGCCUAUCCCCUUUACAUGAACACAGGCAAAGAUGGACAUCUGACGAGGAGCGACGCGAUGUUCGUAGACGUGAUUCACACUGAUGGUGGGAAUUUUGGUUUCCUGAAUCCUUUGGGACACGCGGACUUCUAUCCGAACGGUGGCACACCUGUUCAACCUGGGUGCAAUUUGGAGAGCGUGAUCCGGAGAAGCAUGUCGAGACUCAUCAACCAGUAUAUCGUCUGUGGGCAUAACAGAGCGUGGAUGUUGUACGCGGAAUCUGUGGCAAAUCCUUUGGGAUUCCCCGCAAGUCGAUGCCCAAAAUGGCACCCUAACAUCCAAGUGGCUUGCAGGUGGACGCCUGAUGUUUUAAUGGGAUUUGCCGUGGAUUCUAGAGUCAGAGGGCAAUUUUAUCUGAGAACGAAUGCGCAAACACCUUUCGCGAGGAACGCGACCGGAUACAUAGGGAAAUGAUAGAAGUUUGGAUGAACCAAACGAACAGACCUGAAUUCUAUGAGUAGAAGCUCAUAGAGAAGCGAAAGAAGCGAAAAUUUCAAGCAGCUCGUUACUGGAGUGCUCGUGACAGCGCCAAAAUUAAAGAAACUGUAAAGUGUGAUUUCUCAUCAAAUCUGGUUUCCUCGAUUUCUGCAGAAACGAUGAGAGAUAUUACAUGGAAUAAUUUCGUUUCCUUUCUGCAAAAGUGGCAAGAGACAACAGCAUGACAACAAUAUUUUACAACAAAAGUUUAACUGCAGUAGAAAUGAAAGAUGUACGAAGAUCAGAGACGAAAGAAUGAAAUGGAAGUUCCAAAAAACUACAGUGUUCUCUUGCACGGUCGAACUAACAUUGUUAUUAUAUUUCACUUUGUACAAGACACAGAUGUUCGUAAUCUCUUCUGUAUUACUGUGAUAAAUGAAGUUUAGAGAUUAAGUUUUGUGACUUGCAAUUCUUCAAUGUUCACCAACGUUGUUAGUUAAGAAAUUAUUUCACGAGAGAAUUCAAG